CUCAGCGAGUGCUUCUCCAAUGAGCGGCGUGAAGUCGUAGCUGCCAUAACAAACGGAUCACGCUCGUUUACUGCGCUCGAAUGCGAAUGUUUUGUAAAUUUAGCCCGCAGCGUUAGCGAGAGGCUUUCAAAGAAAUGCACCUUCACUCGUAUCUGCUCGGAGUUUCACAUUAACACCGCAGGCCCUCGUCUCCCCCAGCAAUGACAUCAGAGGCCCGGAUGCCUGAGGAGCUAGAGGAGCUGGAGGAGCCCCUGGAGAAUGGGGAGGUGUACCGCAACCCCACGGAGGUAAAGAUGAGCCAGAUAGUACUGCCCUGCCACUCCAACCACUGCGGGGAGCUCAGCAUCGGACAGCUGCUCAAGUGGAUGGACUCCACCGCCUGCCUGUCAGCUGAAAGGCAUGCUGGUUGUCCCUGCAUCACAGCCUCUGUUGACGACAUCCACUUCGAGCACACCAUAGGGGUUGGACAGGUGGUCAACAUAAAGGCAAAAGUCAACCGAGCUUUCAACUCAAGCAUGGAGGUGGGCAUUCAGGUGAGCUGCGAGGACCUCUACAGCGACCGGCAGUGGAGGGUGUGCCACGCAUACGCGACCUUCGUGGCCCGGCGCACGGAAGCGGGGAAGGUGCAGCUGAAGCCGGUGAUCCCGCGCACGCAGGAGGAGCAGGUGGAGCACAGCGUCGCCGCCGAGAGACGCAGGAUGCGGCUGAUCCACGUGGAGAUAAUGAAGGACCUGCUCGGCAACGGCACGGUCCAGAAAGUGGCGGACUGCCAGGAGUUCCAGGACGCCGUUCCCGCAGAGAGAACGCGGGUGGAGAGUGUGGAGCUCGUACUCCCCCCUCAUGCUAACCACCAGGUCAACACCUUUGGGGGUCAGAUCAUGGCCUGGAUGGAGAAUGUGGCCACCAUCGCUGCCAGUCGGUUGUGCAAUGCACACCCCACCCUCCGGACGAUCGACAUGUUUCACUUCCGAGGUCCCUCCCAAGUCGGAGACCGCGUGGUCCUGAAGGCCAUCGUCAACAACACCUUCAAGCACAGCAUGGAGGUGGGCGUGUGCGCGGAAGCCUAUCAGGCUGGGGAGACCCCGCGGCACAUCAACAGUGCCUUCAUGACCUUCGAGGUUCUGGACGAAGACAGGAAGCCCCGCACAUUGCCCCGGAUACGACCCGAGCCUGUGAAUGGGAAGAGGCGGUACCGGGAGGCCAUUGCCAGGAAGAAGAUCCGAUUGGACAGGAAGUACAUCAUCUCCUGCAAACAUACGGAAGUGCCCCUGUCUGUCCCCUGGGACCCCAGCAACCAGGUGUACCUGAGCUAUAACAAUGUGUCUGCCCUGAAGAUGCUAGCAGCCAGAAACAACUGGGUGUUGAGUUCAGAGAAAAACAAGGUGAGCCUCUACACCCUGGAGGAGAACCAAGUGUUGUGCUUCCGGGUGGAGACUCAUGUGGAUGUCCCGGUGGAACAAGUCUUUGUGCUGCUAUCCGACCUCAGCCGGAGGCAGGAGUGGGACAGACACUAUGAGCAGUGCGAGCUGAUCAACCAGGUGGACGAGGACGACAUGAUCUACCGUGUGGUCACCCCCUCGGUUCGCAAGGACACCAAGGGCCAGGACUUCAUCCUGCUGGCUUCCAGAAGGCGUCCCUGUAACACCGGGGACCCGUAUGUGAUCGCUCUGCGGUCUGUCACCCUCCCAACUCACCCCCCGACAGAGGAUUACAACCGAGGAGAGGUGGUCUGUGCGGGAUUCAGCAUCUGGGAGGUGUCCAGAAGUGUGACAAAGAUCGCCUACUACAACCAGGCCACGCCCCAGGUGCUGCCCUACAUCUCCACCGACAUUGCCGGGCUGUCCUCCAGCUUCUGCUGCACCUUCCGCUCCUGCAGCCAGUUCCUGGAGGAGAAUAAGGACAGCCUGGGGGUCCCGGCCUCCACCGCAUUGUAA